UUUUAAUAGGUGCUUUCAUUUCUGCAAGAGAUCUCUCAUUUCUCUUCUGUCUCUUCUUUGUCUAUAGAAACUCAUUAGUCGCUUCUUUCUUCAAUAUAAUUGUAGAGUACUGAAGCGGUGAAGCCAACUGAUUGCAGAGUUAAGAGUUGGAGUUGGAGUUGAAGUUGAAGUUAUCAACUUGAGCUUGUGUUUCAUUAUUUUCUUGGAAUUCAAUGGCUGGAAUUUGUUGUGGAGUUGUUAAUGAGACUGAACCAGCUGCACCAGUUGAGCCCAGCUCACGAACAUCCAGGCGAAGGAGGUUAGAGCUACGGCCGUUUAAGUUGGUGGCAGACGCCGCCGUGCAACCUCCAACGCCGUUAGAAAACGGUCGGAAACGACAAAGGCUUGAACUUUUUACACCCGUACCACGAGAGAACUGUGAAACGAACGUACCUAACCGAAGCCGUUCUGUUAAUAAUGAAAAAGUUAAUAGUAAUGAAGCCCUGAAUUUAAGCUCCCGUGCAAACCUUGUGGAUGAUGAGGGAGAUGAGAGUCCUAAAUUUGGGAUGACGUCAGUUUGUGGGAGAAGACGAGACAUGGAAGACGCAGUUUCGAUUCGCACGUCGUUUUAUAGGAAAAAAGGCAGCGUUUCAGCUAACACGCACUUCUUCGGCGUAUUUGAUGGCCAUGGUUGCUCUCAUGUGGCGAUGAAGUGUAAAGAUCGGCUGCAUGAGAUUGUUAAAGAAGAGCUUGAAGCCUGUAAUGAAGAAGAAACUGUGGAGUGGAAGGACGCUAUGGAGCGAAGCUACGAGAGAAUGGAUAAAGAGGUACAAGGGUUGACCGAGAAGUCGAAGAUCUCAAGUUGUAGAUGUGAGCUCCAGACUCCUCAAUGCGACGCCGUUGGAUCCACGGCUGUUGUCGCCGUUGUUACUCCGGAUAAGAUUGUCGUCUCUAACUGUGGCGACUCUCGCGCUGUCCUCUGCCGAAACGGAGUCGCAGUCCCUCUCUCUUCGGAUCAUAAGCCGGAUCGACCGGAUGAGUUGCUCCGAAUCCAAGAGGCGGGUGGCCGGGUCAUUUACUGGGAGGGACCACGUGUCCUCGGUGUUCUGGCGAUGUCAAGAGCAAUUGGAGACAAUUAUUUGAAGCCGUUCGUGAUUCCGGAACCGGAGGUGAUGGUGACGGAGCGUACGACGGAUGACGAGUGUUUGAUUCUGGCGAGCGACGGCUUAUGGGACGUGGUGUCCAACGACACAGCCGUUAACGUGGUGCGCACGUGCUUCCGAGCUCACAGAACGUCGACUUCGUCACCCGGAUCGCCGGGAAGUGACGUGGCUGGACAGAGUUCCGAUAAGGCCUGCUCCGACGCGUCAAUUCUGUUGACCAAAUUGGCCCUGGCUAGACAUAGUAUGGACAACGUGAGCGUUGUUGUGGUUGAUUUGAGAAAAAAUUCACAGCAACAGAAGCCAUAGUCCAUAGAAAAAUUAUACAUAAACUAAAUUUACUAAUUUUCCGACUUGAAUUAAAAAUGAAAAAAAA